CUGUCGCGCAACGCAGUCGUGUGAACCUCAUACAGUAACAAAUAGAUAUUAAUAAUAUACGAAGAAUACAGUUUGUCACUUGCAGUCAUGGGGAUAAAGAAAAAAAAGGAACCAACCCCGGAACCGGAAUAUAAAUUGUCUUACUUUCAAAUAUUUCGUUAUGCGACUUGCACGGAGACAUUGGCGACUAUCAUCGGCAUCCUGCUGGGUCUACUAAGCGGCGGAGGCGUGUGCUACAACCUUGUUCAGUUCGGCGAGCUUAGCACAUCAUUCGUUGAAAGGACAGCCAACCAAGACCAACUCUCCAGCUAUCUACCACUGACAACAUUGUUUGGUGGCGGGAGGAGACUGUUUAACGCAUCACAUGAAGAAAAUAUGGAAGCACUGGUGGAAGAUGCAAAGGCGAUGUGCAUUGGGAUGUUUGUCUCUAUCGGCAUCUCACUUAUAUUCUGCGUCCUUUCCGUUGGUCUUCUCGGUUGGAGUGCAUUACGACAAAUAACAAGAAUACGCUUGCUGUUCUUGGAGGCGGUACUCAGACAAGACAUGUCAUGGUUCGACACUGACUCCGAGUUCAACUUAGCAUCGAAGAUGUCAGAAAACAUGAUGAAACUAAAGGAAGGUAUGGGUGAGAAGCUCGGUGUUGUCGCCAAUCUUGCAGGCACGGCCAUCCUCUGUCUCUGCCAAUCAUUCCCAAUGGGAUGGGAAUUAACAUUGGCCUGCAUUACUGUUGUACCAUUCUCUAUUACCGCUUCGAUAAUUUUAUCAAACUAUCAAACGAAGUCAUCCAUUAGAGAGAUGAACGCCUACAGUCAGGCUGGGAAGCAAGCAGAAGAGGUGUUAAAAUCUGUAAGAACUAUUGUAGCAUUUGGCGGAGAAACCAAGGAAGUUGAGAGAUAUCGUCGUUUACUGGAGCCCGCGGAACGCUAUGGGCGCAAAAGGGGUUUGUACACUGGCUUGGGUACUGGGUUCAAUUGGGUACUUACGUACUCGUUGAAUGCGAUAGGUCUGACGUAUGGAGCCCGUCUGAUCCUCAUCGACUGGGAAAAACCUACCGACGAGAGGAAGUAUCUUGUUGGAGUUGUGUUCAGUAUUCUAUUCAGCGUGUAUAUGGCAACUCAAUCUAUAACGUUCUGCGUGCCUCACGCGGAAGUGUUUGCGGCGGCUCGGGGAGCUGCAGCCAGUAUAUUCAAGCUGUUAGAUAGAGAGCCAUCCAUUGACAGCCUGGAUAGUGGAGGUCUGAUGCCACGAAGAGUUUUAGGAGACAUCAAGUUUGAAGACGUUAACUUCAGCUAUCCAUCUCGACCUAAUGUUAAGGUUCUUCAAGGAUUCUCUCUGCAUAUUAAAGCAGGCGAAUGCGUUGCGCUUGUAGGCUCGUCUGGAUGCGGCAAGAGCACUAUAUUGCAAUUACUGCAGAGACUCUACGACCCGCUGCUUGGGACUGUCAAAUUAGACGGAAAGAACGUAAGGAGUUUAAAUCUGAGCUGGCUUAGAUCAAGUUUAGGCGUCGUUGGUCAGGAACCGGUGCUGUUCCGCGGUACGAUUUACGAAAAUAUUGCUAUUGGUAUACCUGAAGCGACAAGGGAGGAGGUGCAAAGAGUUGCUGAGAUGGCGUACGCACACGACUUCAUCACUCAUCUACCUAAUGGUUAUGACACAGUAAUAGGCGAAAGAGGUGCGUCGCUGUCAGGAGGACAGAAGCAGAGGAUAGCGAUAGCCCGCUCCCUUUUGCGGGAACCGGCCGUGUUACUACUCGACGAGGCGACGUCCGCCCUCGACCCGCACUCUGAGCGGCAAGUACAAGCGGCGUUGGACAGAGCAAGCGCUGGUAGAACAACCAUUAUGGUUUCCCACAGGUUAUCAACAAUUGUAAACGCUGACCGCAUUAUCUGCAUGGAUCAAGGUGCUAUCGUGGAACAAGGGACCCACGAAGAACUUAUGAAAGUCAAAGGUUUCUAUCAUAAAUUGGUAACGACUGGUAACGAAAACAAAGAGCCAGACGUCAUUGAGACAUUACCUGAGGAAGGGGACGGCGUCGUAGAGAACGGUGAAGCAGCUUUGGUUCCUAGAGUGGAUGUGAAACGCAGAUCAACAAGGCGACUUCAUAGACAUCAUUCAAUUAAACGAGAAUCUCACGAUUGGAUGACGCCCCGUGGUUCGAUAAGUUCUGUCAUAUCGAUGGGUCAGCAUAACAUGGUGUUCAACAGUGAUUACGAAUCUGAAGAUGAGGGAGAUAAUGACGAUGAUGAAGAAAUCAAACCCGUCAGUGACUGGGAUCUUUUGAAACUCAACGGAUCUGAAUGGCCGUAUAUUGUCGUCGGUUCAAUCGCUGCGUUUAUUCAAGGCGCUUGUUUCCCAAUAUUUGCACUAUUAUUUGGAUACACCGGUGGCAUAUUUGUUCUAAAAGAUCACAGUGAGAUCAUUUACCUAGCAGACUUCUAUUCAGGCAUGUUUGUGGUAGUGGCGGCCGUGGCUGGCGUCUCAAUGUUCCUACAGAGUGCAACGUUUACUCAUGCAGGAUUAAAGAUGACGACGAGAUUGAGACAUCAAUAUUUUUCUGCUAUAUUAAAACAGGAAAUUGGGUUUUUUGACAAAGAGAAGAAUACUGUUGGGGCAAUGUGCGCGAGGCUGAGUGGCGAUGCGGCGGAAGUGCAAGGAGCUACUGGAUUAAGAAUAGGACUUAUUCUACAAGGCACCAGCUCUGUUGUAGUCGGCUUCAUAAUGGCUAUCUGUUACAACUGGAAGCUAACUCUAGUUGGCACUGCGUUCUUACCACUUAUGGUGGGAAGUAUCUGGCUAGAAGGAAUUGUAUCACAGAAGUCACAAACAGACGAGCGAGCAGCAAUGGAGUCUGCAACUGCGAUAGCAACUGAAGCUGUUGUCAGCAUUAAAACGGUCCAGAGUUUAGGCGUGGAAAAAACAUUCUUGAAAAGAUUCGAAGAGGCAUUAGUAGAAGCCGGCGCUGCUAUGACCAAGAAGACCAGAUGGCGUGGGUUGGUACUCGGUCUGGGCGUGUACGUGCCUUUUAUGUCGUACUGUAGUGCGACAGUAUACGGCGCUGUUCUCGUCGCAUACGAGGGACUUGAGUACAAAAUAGUACUGCUGGUAAAUGAAGCGCUAAUGUACGGGGCUUACAUGUUGGGACAAUCUCUAGUGUAUGCUCCUAGUUUCAAUUCGGCCAAAGCAUGCGGUGCGAGGAUACUAUCGAUCAUAAAUAGACAACCUAAAGUGAAAACAGAAGAUGGUUUGAAGGAUAGGCGAGAUUGGACUGCAACUGGUAACUUUGCCAUCAAAGAUGUGGAGUUCAGCUACCCGACUAGACCCCAUCAACAGAUUCUUAAAGGCAUAGACCUUAAGGUCGAAGCGGGUAAAACAGUAGCAUUAGUUGGAUCGUCUGGUUGCGGUAAAUCUACGAUUUUACAAUUGUUGCAACGUUUCUACGAUCCCGAUUCUGGUAAUAUUGAAUUGGACAACCGUGAUAUCCGUAUGUCCCUAACACUGCCGCGUCUCCGGCGUCAGUUGGGCGUAGUACAGCAAGAACCAGUGUUGUUUGAUCGCACCUUAGCGGAGAAUAUCGCUUACGGUGACAAUAAUCGUAAAGUAUCGAUGCACGAGAUUAUAAGCGCUGCUAAAGCUGCUAAUAUACACAGCUUCAUCGUUUCUCUACCCAAGGGCUAUGACACAAACCUUGGCUCUAGCGGCGCCCAGUUGUCCGGAGGACAGAAGCAACGAGUGUGUAUCGCGAGGGCACUUAUACGGUCGCCGCGACUUUUAUUGCUGGACGAGGCAACUUCCGCGCUGGACGCUAACAGCGAAAAGGCGGUGUCUGAAGCAUUAGACAAAGCUGCCAAAGGGCGUACGUGUAUAACAAUUGCGCAUCGCCUUUCUACAAUAAAGGAUUCCGACCUCAUCUGUGUUUUAGACAAAGGUAAAAUCAUCGAGCGUGGAUCUCACACGGAACUACUAAAUUUAAAAGGAUACUACUGGCGAAUGUGCAAAGGUCAACAAAUGACAUGAAGCAUUAUUUUUAAAUGGCCUAAAGUAUGCAAAUGAAACUCCAAUUUUUGAAUACAUUUAUUUCAAUUAAUUAAGAAACACAUGUGCCACUAAAUUGUAGAAUAAAUUUUAUAUAAAUCAAAACAAACUUAUAAUAGUAUAUUUUAUUUACAGUAUAAUGAUUCAAAAUGCAUAUUACAGGUGAAGUCAUGAUUCUCAGGAAUUCCUAAACCGUUUUGUCUUUACCCUGUAUUAAAAAAAACUGACAAGUUGUCCAGUUUUAGUGAUCUAAUACAAAUUAAAAUACUCCAAAUAUUAAUGUUCUAUUCUUAUAUUGUUAUUGUUGACUACCACACUCAUAGUCAUACUAAAUGACAGCAGUAACAAUCAAAUGUUUCUCGAUGUAACUCAAUAUCUCUGAGUGCUAGCACUAGCAGAGAGACGAAUAAUUUUAUACAAGUAAUGAUUUAUAUUAGUCUUAAAAUUGCCUAAUUUUUCUCAAGUUCAAUUAGCUAUUUUUCUUUAAGAACAGAACACACCAUCUUUUGUUAUAUAAGAGUUUACAUAAAUCAUUUAAAGCGAAUGCAUCAAAUAUAUAUAUAAAUAUAUGUAAUUAAAACGAUCGAAACAAGAUAUAGACGGCACUAUGUUUCUAUACAUUAACAAGAGAACUACGAUAUUGAUUAUAUGUGCGUAAGAGAAAAACAAUAUACAAUCUAUAUUAUAACCGCAAGGUUUCAAAACAUCCGUACCGAAACAUAUUGUUAUCUCUUUUAUCAAAGAGAAGGAAAGAGACGACAAUAGGUUUUUGUACAAAAGUUUCCGACUACAGAGGUUAACAUGAAAAUUUGUGAGAAAGGCGUAACGUCAUCGUCUCAAUUUGUAGUACAAUUCUCAUACCUUCAUGAAAGACACGAUACAUUCUCAUAAAUUUUCAUGGCCGCAUAAAGUAUUUGAAAACCUACAACACAAAUAAGCCGACUUUGGUUUUUACGUACACUAUCAUAUAUAACGUUUACGUACUUAUAUUCUAUAUUGUCUUUGAGGAAACCUCGGGCUAAAAUAUCUACGAAUCUAUGAUUCCUUAAAUGGCUUUAUGUCUACAGUUACCAUAAAACUAAUUUACAUUUAUGACAUAAUAUCUCUAUAUAAAAUAUAUUAAAUCUAAUUACCGCGUAUGGAAACAAAGCCAGUAACAUCUAUAGUAAUAUUACAAAGAGGAAAGAUUUGUAUAUUUAUAUAUAUUGAAAUGACAUAAUUACUCGGCGUGUUUAGAAAAUUGUUUCACCAUUAAAAAGCUACGUUACAUUUUUAUUAUUUUUAUUUACGCAGACAAAACCACAAAUCACAGCUACUUAUUUAUAUAAAGAUGGUUUCGUGUAUAUUUUAAUGCUUUCUGAUAUUUCUCACGAAACUGUUACACGCUUAAUAAUAUUAUUGAUUCUGUUCCCAUAUAAUUACGUACAUUUAUAAUAUAGAAUAUUAAAUUGGAUAAUAUUUAAAAGUAGACAUUAGGCUGAGAAUAGCGCCUGUACGAAUGGUACACUCACAACCAAGCCUUGUACGCGCAGUCUCUAAGUAGACAUUAAAAGUCGCUUAAGGACUCGGAUGGUUGAAAUAAUCUUAAACAAGUUUGAAAUUACCUUCGAUUCUACUAACCGAUUUAUCUCAAAACUGAGAUCAUAUGAAGAUUAUUAUAAUUUUUCACAUAUUGUCUUUACGUUAGUAAUAUUUUAACUUUAUAAAUCAAUUUAACAAUAAUG